GUAUGACCGUGUGUACUGUGCCGCUGACAAUGAGCCGCGGCGGUGACUGUGAUAAGUGAUCGCGUACCCUUCCUCGUCGCUAAACGCGUAGUGGCAGUGGAGAAAGAUAGUACGUCGGCCAAGGAAAGAGUCUACCUCUUGAUGACUCGCGCUUUACGCAAGGCGCAACGUAGCCGGAGCUCACAAUUAUGUUCGAUGUACCGCCCAAGUUCUACGAGCUGUGUCGCCUUUGUUUAUCGUCGGACGGUGUCAAAUUGUCCAUAUUCGAAGAGGAGGGCGCCCAGCGGAACUUCGCCGAUAAGAUACUGACGUGCCUCUCGAUUACGGUAAAAGAUGGAGAUUCUUUGCCACCAAUCAUUUGUCACCGGUGUGUGUACAAGUUGGAUGUGCUGCACAACUUCCGUGAAGUGUCACACAAAUCUGAUGUCAUACUCAAACAGUACCUGGAUUAUGCCAAGCAGUUAUCAUCACACGAUGAUCAGAAGAAAUCUUUCUCCACUGCCAAAGUAGCAGGCUUAAGCCCUCUACAGUCAUUUCUCCAAUUGAACAAAACACUGUUCAAUGAGGAGCCUAACUCUCCGGCCAGCAUUAAUCAAAACGUUAUACCUCAGACGCAAACACAUCAUUUGGAGUUGCGCACCAAUGACAUGCCUGAGCAUGAUAACAUUAAGUGUGAACCAGAGGAUGAUACGUGUUCAAACAGUUCUGAUCCAGACAGAUUAGAAAUAGAAGAUCGAGAUGAGCAGGAUACAGAGGGGGAAGAAAAUGGUUAUGACAUGACCAUUAACAAGAGAAUGAAAGUAGAAACAAAUUAUGAGGAAUCAAAAACAAGUACCCCUAAUCGUAGUCCAGUGAACAGAAUGGAUACACCAGAAAGCAAUUGUUCAGAUACAAAUAUUGAUCAAGAAACAACAAAACUAUGGCAAGCAUUAGCAAACAACAGGAGUUUAGAGAUUACCAGGACAAACGGUGACAAACUGAAUAAUGGAUUUACUGGCGAGGCAACUAAUCUGCUGCGUUCUUUAAUCAACAACAGACAAAUCGGUAUUACUGCUGUUGAUUCUGACAGAGUAUCACCGCAAAUUAGGUUUUAUAGGGACACCCAAGGGACAACGAUCGAACGUACUGUACCCGACUGUUCUGUACUGGGCAAUCGUACUAAUGUCCCGUGUAUAGAAAACAAGGGUACUUCCGUGGACAGUAAUCCGUCUAGCCCCGCCAGUGUUGGUCGAAAGGAGACCAAGGGUCGUAGAAAACAAAGUUAUCCCAGUAAAGCACCGAUGAGUCCGGAUGUCGUUAAUUAUCAGCACGAGUCUAACGAAGAGCAAGCACAAGAUUUCACGACGUGGUCAAAUAAAAUGAAAUUAAAGGUAGAGGACCAAAAACCACAGUUCGAUCAACACAGUGGUAACAUGGCGAAAAAGGUAGACAUGUCCUGCACAAAUUGCGGCACCAUGACCACAACUAUUUGGAGAAGAAACAUGAAGGGGGAAAUGGUUUGUAAUGCUUGUGGGCUCUAUUACAAACUUCACGGAGUGAAUCGUCCAUCUACCAUGCGAAGGGAUACAAUACACACGCGUAGACGUAGACCCAAAGGCGAGAAACCGACAAGGCAUCGAAAAAAAGGUGACACAAUUUUGGCACCACAGUCGGAACAAAUGGACGCAGAAAGUGCAGACAUGUUAGCGGCCCUUCGACGACAAAUUCAGCCCCAUUUAAUGAUGGCGGCAUUAACGCCACCACGUAUACCUGGUGCCCAUCCACCAGUACCUACCGCUCAACUUAAUUACUCCCUUCCUCUACCUAGUUACAUGAUGCACCAUGUAAAGGCAGAGGGGCGAGAACAAUGUCAUUUAUCUGCGGAGGCAGAGGAAACAGAGGAGGGAGAUGCAGAGAAUGUUUCGGACGUACCGUUGAACCUAGUUGCGACGUCGUUAUCAGAAGAAGCACACUGAGAAUACU